CUCACAGUCUCCGCCAGUGUACAGACAGGACUGCGCAUGCGCGGGACACUGCUGCUCUUCUCGCAGGGGCUUUGCUCUGCUGAUUGUCCUGGGCCUGAGCUCUCCGGGGCCUCGGCCUCACACACGGCAGGAGCUGGGGGUGGGGGGAGCAGGGAAGCGGCCGACCACUUGUCUCCUUCACUACCAGCAUGGAGCACCGAGCUCCCACCGGCGGCCUCCCCGCUUUCAUUCAGGCCUAAAGCGGGAAUGAGCCAUUGAGGGGGCGAGGGAUCCGCACAUCCACCCCCGGGAGAUCUGGGGGAGCAGCGCUGACAUCAUGGCUCAGGAGAAGAUGGAGCUGGACGUGGUGGAGAUCCCUGGGGAUGGAAGCCUGAGGAGAUCCAACAGCGCCCCCCAUAUCAACGGGCUCAGUGAUCACUCUCAGGUGUUUCAGCCGUACGGAUCCAGAGCGCGCAGGAACAGCACUACUGUAGUCAAUCGCCAGAGUCUGAUCCCAUCAUCCUCUCCUAUCCGUAUACCGAGCAGCAGAUUGUAUCAACUUAAAAGGGAGGAAGGUGUGGACUUAAUGAAUCGUGAGACGGCACGUGAGCGGGAGAUCCAGACUGCGAUGCAGAUGAGCCUGUCUUGGGAGGAGAGCUUCAGCCUGAGUGAUAAUGAUCUUGAUAAAUUGGAUAAAUAUUCUUCCCCAAAGCGCAUUGAUUUUGUUCCAGUGUCACCAGCUCCCUCACCCACCAGAGGAAUUGGGAAGCAAUGCUUUUCUCCAUCUCUGCAAAUGUUUGUGAGCAGUAACGGCUUGCCUCCGAGCCCUAUCCCCAGCCCUACCAGACGAUUCACCACCAGAAGGAGUCAGAGUCCUAAUUGUAUCCGUCCAAGUGUUCUUGGCCCCAUAAAGAGGAAAGGUGAAAUGGAAAUAGAAAGUCAACCAAAGAGACUGUUUCAAGGAACAACGAACAUGCUUUCUCCUGACGUCACUCAUCUGUCCGAUUUUAGUUGCUUUUCCUCGGACCUUGACAGCAGCAGCAGCAUCGGCUCCUCGUCUGACUCUGCAGCUAAGGAAAGCUGUGUGACCGACUCCCCCGCCGCCUGUUCCAACUCCUGCUCGUCAUUCAUAUCACUGGACGAUCUGUCACCCAAGUGAAGUGACAAUAGGCCAGGCCACAGUGUCCCUGACCCUUUAUAUUUAAAGACUGUGGGAGAAAGUAACCCUGUGUAAUUUUUUUCUUACGUUAUUUUUGUAUUUGUAUAUUUUCUAAUCUUCCCUCCAGCCUGAAGGACUCUCAAACAAUGGAGUGGAAGGGUUGUAACUUGUGUACAGAAGGCUAUGUACAGUACAAUGCCGUUUGCUGCUUGUUCCAGGUAUUUAGCAAAAGGCUAAAUUUAUUGCUCUGUUUUUAUUUAUUGUUUUCUGAAGAAAUUCUAUAAUUGCAGAUGGAGAAUGUUAUUUAAUUUAGAUAUUGCCAUUAAAUGUGGCCAUCUUUAACAGAGGGAAUCACAAAAAACCUCCAGUAUGUUGUCCUAGGGCAGUUUUUGCACAGUUUGUUGGUAAUCCAUUGCCUUACUUCCCUAUCCAUAUACCUCGAUUGUCUCCUGGUCUCUUCCUUGCGUUAUUAGUAAUUUCUUAGUAUUUAUAUUGAUUGUACACAGUCAAAGAAGCAUUUUUAAUAGGUUGACUAAUGGUUCAACCCAUAAAAUGUCUGCUUCCAGUGUGCGUGGGGUGCAGGUUAGUUUAUAUAUUACCAAUUAAGUUAAGUCCAGUUCCAUAUAGUAGUUUGUACAAUCCGCUUAUGCAUUGUAUAGGUUACAACAGGUUUAGGGCUCAUUCAGCUCAUUCACAUCACUGUAUUUGUGUCCGCAUCCGUUCCAUUGAUUUUUUUUUUUAUUGUUCACCAUGUGCUGUCUGCAUCCGUACUUCCGUUCUGUGUCCCCGCAAAAAAGAUAGAGCAUGUCCUAUUCUUGUCUGCAAAAUGCAGAACGCACGUGGCCGGUAUCUGUGUUUUGUGGAUUGCAUGAGCCCUUACAGAGAGGAAGAGGGUGCUCCUCAUUUCAUGAAAUUCUGUUGGUGCAGGAGAGACACUACGUUGCUAAAAAAAAAAUAGGCCUCGUUUAUUCACAUUGUCCAACAGGAAAAUUGUUCUUGUUGCCCAUAGCAGCCAGCCACAGGAAAGCUUUUGUUUUUCCACAGUAAUAUAAUAAAUGCAAAAUGGGCUUUGAUUGGUUGCUAUGAGCCAGCUUUUCUUUUUAUACUUUAUGUGCUACACUAUGGAAAACUACUGUUAAAGGGGUUGUCCCAUCUGUCAUUCUCACCUGCUUUACCCUGCCGCAACUCGCAGCUUCCUGUACUUUGUGUGGGAGGUACCGUCCACUUUGACGGGCCAGACAAGCAACGUUUUGCUGACGCCACUUCUCUAUAAGCGCACACCCGAUGCAGUUUACAGCUAACAUGUCUAUUUGCAGCAGCUGCUUGCACUCUGCAUUGCUUUACCGAACAGCUCUUGGGCUACUGCACAUGCCCAGGAGCUGUUCCAUAGAUUACUAUUACAAUGCUGAGCAGUGGACGGUUUGAGAGGCCGCCCAUGUGCAAAUACGCAUGCUCCCGUGGUCCUGGCCAGCACAGGCAGCAGUGGCCCGAACCCCUGACAAAAAGCAAUAGACAAAAGGAAAGGGAAAUUAAAUUAGAAAUAGGGAGUUAUAGAGGCCAUGGUGAAAAUAACACUGAUAGGGUGAGUUUAUUGUCAGACGAAGGCCUAUUGUAUGGCUUUUUCAGUGUUUUGCGGUCCGCAAAAAACACAAAUGACAUUCGUGUGCAUUCUGUUUUUUACGGAACAUCUGGCCUCUAAUAGAACAGUACUUUCCUUUGUCCGUU